AUGGCUAGCAUCAUUGCAUGUGUGGGUAACAGCCAGAGGCAAAACACACCCUGGCCACCUUGGGCCCAUUCAAUUUUGAGGUCUCUGGGGAGGAGUCUUAGUCCUUUAAGUGUCAACAUGGCAGAAAGAAAUGUGAAAUUGUUCUCAGGGAGAGUGGUGCCAGCCCAAGGGGAAGAAACCUUUGAAAUGAUCCAAGUCAAUGGGGUCCUGCCCAAUUGGAGUAUGUCUGAGGAGGAAAAGCUCAAGUGCUUGAUGAAAACCUUUAGGGGCCCUGCCAGGGAGGUCAUGCGUUUGCUCCAGGCUGCCAACCCCAAUCUAAGAGUGGCUGAUUUCUUGUGGGCAAUGAAAUUGGUGUUUGGGGAGUCUGAAAGCAGUGUCGCUGCCCAUGGUAAAUUUUUUAACACUCUGUAGGCACAAGAGAAAGCCUCCCUUUAUGUGAUUCUUUUAGAAGUGCAGCUUCAGAAUGCUAUUCACGCAGGGAUCAUAGCUCAGAAAGAUGCAAACCAGACUUGCCUGCACCAGCUACUUUUAGGAGCUGAGCUGAAUAUGGACCUGCAUUUUAAGCUGAAACAUCUUCUUAAGAUGUAUGCAAAUGAUCAAGAGCAUCGUCCUAAUUUUUUGGAGUUAAUCAAGAUGAUAAGGGAGGAAGGGGAUUGGAAUGACACUUUUAUGAAACCGAAGAGACUCAAAAGGUCUGGGCUAAUCUUGGAGAGGGCAGCAAGCCACAUGGCAUUUCAGGGCUUUCAGCCAAUAGCAAUCAGCAAUGAUGACUGCAAUGUGAUAAAGGUAGAUGAUACUCUUGAUGACUCAAAUGAGGAUGUGAUCCUAGUUGAGUCUCAGGACCCUCCACUUACAUCCAUGGAUGUCCCUCCUCUCAGAGGCAGGACCAGAUGUCUGGAUCAAAUAGUGGUCAUUGAUUCUUCCAGCAGUUCUGUGGCUCAAUCUCCUUCUACCAGUGGGGGUUCUGGGUAUAAGAAUGAUGGUCCUGGGGAUAUGCGUAGAGCCAGGAAGCGAAAAUACACGGUCUUCUGUUCAUAUUGCGGUGAGGAGGGCCACUCAAAGGAAACCUGUGACAGUGAGAGCAACAAGGCUGAGGUGUUUGAGAAUCUGAUCAUCAUUCUGCAGGAGCUGACACAUACAGAAAAGGAGAGGUCAAAAGAAGUCCCUAGCAGACACAAUGACCUCUCUGGGCCUCUAGAUGCUUUCUUCUGCCUCCGCCUGGCUCCUCAAAGUCAACAGCCAUUGUUUGCCUUUGAAUGGACUGAGUCCAUUACAGGGCGCCAGCUGCAGCUGACCUGGACACAACUUCCCCAAGGCUUCAAGAACUUGCCCACUCUUUUUGGAGUUAAGAAGGCCAACUCAGAAGAACCCACAACCUGGCAAAGUGAUCCAGAUCCAGUCAACCUGCUUAAACUGACCCUCAAAAAGACACUGGCCCCUGAGACCUUCAGCCCUACUCCUGCCACACCCCAGAAGCUGGCUGGCCUGUGA